AUGACAGCGGACGCCUUUGCGGAAGCCGCCAUGGCGCUGGGGCGCAUGGCGCACCCGCGCCUUGCGCGCGUGGUGGCGUUCUGCCGCGAAUGCGCGGAGCGGAUACUCGUGCUGGAGAUGGCGGAAGGGGAAGCGCUCUCCGCGGCGCUGCACUGCGCCGACCCAGCUGCGCGGGGAGUGGCGCGCGCACCAGCGCGCGCAGCGCCCCUGUCGCUCCCCCAGCGCCUGCAGGUCGCGGCGGACGUGACGAGCGCGCUGCAGCACCUGCGCGCGCAACUGCAGGCGCACGAACCACCUAGGCGCAAAGAGCGCCUGUAUUCCCGCCUGCUGCUGCUGCCCCCGCGCGCCCACGGCGCAGUGUCCGCGGAAAACGUGAUCGUGGACGGGGAGGGGCGCGCGCGGGUGAUCGGGGGGGAGCACCUGCGCGCGCUGCUGGUGCAGUCGCAGCAGCUGCAGGGCGCGUCGUCCCUGUCCCCGUGCCUGGAGCCCCACGUGGCUGCCACGUCAGCAGGUGACGUGUUCAGCGUGGGUGUGCUGCUACUAGAGCUGGUGACUGGAAGGCGACCCGUGGGCGGGGAUCCACGUGUGAUUGUAGACCCGAGGUUGGGCCUAUGGGCUGCACCAGAGAUCAGCGGCAGUGGCCGGGUGGUGUGUAGGGAAGAGAACGAGGUGACCUGUGCUAAGAGUGGGUUGGAGUCCUGUGCUAGUGGUGCUAGUACUAGCACUGCCACGACUGCUGUUUCUGGUGCUGCUGGCGCCGGCACAGAUUCCACCUUCACCAGAAGCACCCUGGACGAGGGGGAGGAGGAGGGCGAAUCUGCAGCAACUGCAGUUAGCUCGUACUCAGGGGUUACCCAGAGCAGCAGGCGCAGCAGCGCAGGUUUUGCUGCUGCUGGCAAGCUCUUUGUGUGGACUCGGAAAUCCCCAGUUGUGAUAGGGAAAUCUGAAGGGGAAGCAGCAGCAGCAGCCAGAAAGGGAGCAGGAGCAGGAGCAGCAGCAGCAGGCGCGGCGGGGCUAGGAACAGCUAGACAGGAAGCAGCAGGGGGAGCAGCAAAGCAGGGGGCAGCAGCGGGGUUGGUGAGUGCGGCGGUGGAAGCGGCGUGUGUGGCGGCGGUGAGUGGAGUGGUGGAGCUGGCACUGCGCUGUGUGCUGCCUGCUCCUGCUGCCCGCCCCUCUAUGGCCCAGGUGGCCACGGCUGUGGAAAUGCUCCGCCUGGACGUUCAGGGAGAGCUCGUGGCUCUGGGUGCUGCUGGUAGCGGUAGUGCUGGUGGUAGCGCUGCUUCUGCUGCUGCUGCUGCUGCUGCUGCUGCUGGUUCUGCUGGUGAGGAGAGUCAGAAGCAGGAAAAGGCUGUGGGUGUGGGUGCUGCUGCUGCUGCUGGUGGUGGAGCUGCAGCGGAAGGGGACGGACCUGGCACCGAUUGCAGGUUAGGUGAUGAAGUGACUUUUGAGCUGUCGUUCAAGCAACGCAGCCCAGCUGUUGAUGCCAUGGCAAUACCGGCCGCUCCGCCUGUUGCCUGCACUGCCAUGCCGAAGCUACACUUGGACUCGGAGGAAGAGGAAGAAGAUGAGGAAGAUGAUGAUAGUGACGAUGAGGAGGAGGAUGAGGAUGAGGAUGAGGAGGAGGAGGAAGAAGAGGAAGAGGAUCGGGAUGGUGAUGGUGAUGCGGGUGGGAGUGGGUCGGAUCAGAGUGACUCGUAUGAGUGUGAGAACAGCCAGAGCCAGAGUCUAAGUGCUGCUACGGCAUCGGCAACACUAGCUGUUGUGAGUGAGAGCAUGAGCGGGGAGUACGGUAGCGGGGCUGCUUAUGGCGAGGAUGAGGCGACGAGUGGGAAGAGGCGAGGGUGGUUCAGUGCUCGGGCGGACUGGGAGGGGGAUGUGACGUCUGGGGAGAUAGAAGAGGAGGAGGAGGAUGGGGAAGAGGUGCGGAGGUGA